AAGAAAGAAAAAAGGUGGGGAGAGAGAUGAAAGGCGUAAGAAAAAACUACUACAAUUGUUGCACCUUAUCCUUUUUGCUCGUCUUUCUCGUCUUGAUUCUAUUUCGUCCUGUCUUUUCGAUCAACAUUUUGUCGUCCACAGAAUCUCUUACAAUCUCAGGCAACGGAACGCUUGUAUCUCCCGGUGAUGUCUUCGAGCUCGGUUUCUUCAGAACCACCUCAAGUUCUCGUUGGUAUCUCGGGAUAUGGUACAAGAAAGUCUACUUCAGAACCUACGUAUGGGUUGCCAACAGAGAUAACCCUCUCUCCCGUUCCAUUGGAACCCUCACAAUCUCCAACAUGAACCUGGUCCUCCUUGAUCACUCUAAUAAAUCUGUUUGGUCGACAAAUCUUACUAGAGAAAAUGAGAGAUCUCCGGUGGUGGCAGAGCUUCUCGCUAACGGAAAUUUCGUGAUGCGAGACUCCAAUAACAACGACGCAAGUGGAUUCUUAUGGCAAAGUUUCGAUUUCCCUACAGAUACCUUGCUUCCAGAGAUGAAGCUAGGUUACAACCUCAAAACAGGGCUGAACAGAUUCCUUACAGCAUGGAGAAAUUCAGAUGAUCCCUCAAGCGGGGAUUACUCGUACAAGCUUGAAAACCGAGAGCUUCCUGAGUUCUAUCUACUGAAAAGUGGCUUCCAAGUCCACCGGAGCGGUCCAUGGAAUGGAGUCCGAUUUAGUGGCAUACCAGAGAACCAAAAGUUGAGUUACAUGGUGUACAAUUUCACAGAGAACAGUGAGGAGGUCGCUUAUACAUUUCGAAUGACCAACAACAGCUUCUACUCGAGAUUGAAAGUAAGUUCCGACGGGUACUUGCAGCGACUGACGUUGAUCCCGAUAUCAAUUGUUUGGAACUUGUUCUGGUCUUCACCAGUGGAUAUCCGGUGUGAUAUGUUCAGGGUUUGUGGUCCUUACGCUUACUGUGACGGGAACACAUCACCGUUGUGUAACUGUAUCCAAGGGUUUGAUCCCUGGAAUUUGCAGCAGUGGGAUAUCGGGGAGCCGGCAGGUGGGUGUGUAAGGAGGACGCUGCUGAGCUGCAGUGGUGAUGGUUUUACCAAGAUGAAGAAAAUGAAGUUGCCUGACACUAGGUUGGCGAUUGUUGACCGGAGUAUUGGUCUGAAAGAAUGUGAGAAGAGGUGCCUUAGCGACUGUAACUGUACCGCAUUUGCAAAUGCGGAUAUCCGGAAUGGUGGUACGGGUUGUGUGAUUUGGAACGGAGAGCUCGAGGAUAUCCGGACGUACUUUGCUGACGGUCAAGAUCUUUAUGUCAGAUUGGCUGCUGCUGACCUUGUUUAGCUCUUUCUCUUAAAAUAAAACACGGAUCCGACUAUGAUAUCGAGAAAUCCGGAUAUGUAACGCAACUAUCUUAUGUCCACCCUAAAUAUAUAUCUGAAUCAAUAAUGAUAUACAGAUCGUAUCCAAAUCCUUUAAUAUAUAUAAGAAAACAUGCCAUCGAAAAUACACAUAAAUUUGAUUAUAAUA